CACCCCGGCCCUCCCGCCUCCUCCCGCCCUGUCCGCGGCGCCCGGCCGGAGACGAGCAUGGUGUUUGCUCCAGGUGAGAAAUCUGGAAAUGAACAAGAAGAAGUUGCGCUGCAGAAUGCCAGCAAACAGAUUGUGCAAACUGCCAUCCUGCAGGCAGUUCAGCAAGUCUCUCAGGAGAGCCAACAAAAGGAGAAGAGAGUAAACAGCAGUGUGAGUCUGCAGUUAGAAAGAGGGGAAUUAACCAAGAAGCAUGAAAAGAAGUAAAAGAGUGAACUACUUGUUUUGGUCCUCCAGUUGGCAGUAUCUCCAGCUUGCCUCUUAGUAUCAGCUGUGUUGCCAGUGCAAUGUUACUACUGUAAAGCAAACCAAAGUAUAAUCAGCACCUAGACAUAGAGUAAAGCUGCAAUAGUUCUCAAUUGAGAAAUAUUAAGUGCAUUAGGUGACUCACUUCAUAUUUAUGCAGUGCCUCUUAAACAUAAUGAACAAAAAUACUGUAGCUAUAAAAUAGUUUCAAGCACAAUCUCUUCUUAAGGGAUGGUUUUAUAUGCAAAAGCUUAUUGUUAGUGCCCUUCUGCAUGAAUCUUAGGUGCAUCAUCUGUGUCUGUUCAGUUGGCAGAUAUCUCCACUGAGUUACAGAUUUUACUAGGGAUUGGCUGUGUCAACUAAACAAUAUAUUGUAGCGUGUAGGAGAUGCGCUUUCAGGCUCCUUGAAACACGAGUUUGUGUUUUAUUUUGAUAGAAUGUGGGCUGUACAAAAUAGCAGCUGUAAAAUGGAUCUGGAAAGUUUCAUGCACAAAUAUCUUUUUUUUGUUCUUUUACAGUCUCUUUACAAAGUACAUUAUCUAUGACUAUAUAGUUCACUGAUUAUGCUGCAGAUGAUGUAAAUGUCCGAUACAUUUCUAAUCUUUUGCACAAACAUUAUUUUGAGCCUCAAAGAUUCCUUUAAUUUACCAGUAAUAAAAGAAAAGAAC